AUUCCUUUUUUGUCUAGAAACCUGGUCAACUUUGCAUUUCAAUGAACGGCAUUAAAAACGUACUUCAUUUGGCUUUUCAAGGAAGAGAAGGUUGAUGAAAAUAUUUAAGUAUUAUUAGGAAUACUUUAGUUUUCCUUCAGCCCAGCGGACUAGAGUCUAGCGGUUUUAAAAACAUAAUUAGCAUCUAGUAAUUAGACGGGAUGUUUACAGUGUCUACAGCGUGUUUUUUGCUGUCCUUUCCUAUUUUCGCUGAAUAUUUUUUCAACGAAGUGAAAGGCUGCUAUAUGAGCUUAAAAGUGCUAUUCAUACUGCUUCGAUAUUACUCUGUCAAGAGAUCACGUACAAUUUUUUUAUGAUUUAUGUUUAUUGCCCGCGCCGACCGCAGUAUCUGACACUUGCUUUCACUCAUUAUAAGAUAUUUCAAGAAGACAGUCAACAACCUCUCUACCUUGAGGCCACACGUCGCUAUUCUCACAAUAAUAGAAAAAUUUAAUUUAAUUAUGUUUAACAAACAAAAGAAUUCCUGGGAAAACACUAUUUAUCACCAUGAUAAAAACAUUUUAAUUUCUUAACCGCGUAAUAACUCGUGGAUAGAUAUAUUAAUUUGCAAAAAAAAAAAAAAAAAAAGGAAAAACGCUGAAUUACGUUUCCAUCUACGUAUUAUUUUAGUGCGUAGGCACAGCGCGACAUCUAGUUAGCCUGCGUAGCGGGUUUUCAGGACAUGUAAUUAGUUCCUGCUUCUCAUCUAAGUAGUCAAUACGUUAUUGUUAUCUACGUAGUCACUGCRUAUCGCUUGCGUAGUCAAGGCUGUAUAUCCGUACUACGUAGUCACUGCGUUUCAUGGUCAUCCACGUAGUCGUGGAGUUUUUGAGUGUCAACUACGUAGCCCUUGUGUAUUUAAGCUACGUAGUCCCGCAUCUGCGUAUUGUCUAAGUGCUCAAUGUAAACUACGUAAUCGCUAUUCAAUUCCACAAUGUUUUAAAAAAUAUUUAGCAAACUAUAAUAAGCUAUUUCCACGCACGGAAAGACUAUCGUGAAUUUCUAUGCAGCGCUUUCCUUCUCUAACGACGACAAAAAGAUUUAAGCUUAAAACAUUAAAAAGAAUGAACAACUGAACAACCAUCGUGCCUCGUCCACACUGCUGUGUUUUCUUAGCAGGAGGACGACAGCUGCACCGAGGAAAAGAAAAUUCCAGUUCAGCAACCCAGUGAAACCGCGUCCUAAUGGCUUUGAACUCGACCAAGUAUAACAGGCAGCACAGCAAGUUUUCAAGGUUUUGUGUAUAGACGUCGAGCUGGAUAAAAGGAAUCUCUCAGUGCUAUUGAUCUCAUAAAGGAGAAUCACCGAAAGAGAUGUUUAGUACAACACAGAAGUCAUCUCCAACAAGAACUUCAAAAAUGACGACUUGGACAACUGUUGGACUUAUUUUGACAUUUUUCGCCAGUGCUUUCGCUUGCGAGUAUUUUGUUAAAGAAGAAAGUAAAAGAAACGUCACUCUAAGUUUAUCAGAUUACAUAACACAGAACUAUGACAAAGCUGUACGACCAAACUGUGGAUCACGGACGAAUGUGUCAGUUGACUUCUAUGUUGUAUCAUUUGGCAAAAUAGAAGAAGCUGAUAUGGAGUUCUCAGUUUAUCUGUACUACCGUCAGCGAUGGAAAGACAAUCGACUUAAAAACCUCGUCAACUCAUCAGUUAUCUUAUCACGUGAACAGAUCAGCAAAAUUUGGAUUCCCGUAACGUACUGCUCGAACGCAAAAACAUCAGAUCUUAUGCUGCCAGAUAGCGAGGUCCACAGCUCACUCACGUUGAGUCCAGAUGGAUCUUUGUACUACAGUAGAGGAGCACAAAUUGUUGCUGCAUGCUACAUGGACUUGCGUGAAUUCCCAAUGGAUCUUCAAAAGUGUUAUCUGAAGUUUGCGAGCUAUACAGAAAGUGACAGUGAUCUUUUGCUUAGUUGGGAAAAGACCUCAAUCAAGAUCGAAAACAAAGAAAUGGCGCAAUUCUUUAUAACCAAAGUGAGCCUUUCGUCAAACACAUUGUCAUAUCCUUCUGGCAACUUCACGACGUUGAUAGCCACGUUUCCACUUGAACGUCGUGUGGGUUAUUACGUCAUACAGACGUAUGUCCCUUGUACGUUUCUGGUCAUGCUCAGUUGGAUCGUAUUUUGGAUGAGCACGGAAGAGACUGGAAACCGACUAACCGUUGGCAUAACAACCAUCUUAACGAUCAUGUUUUUAUUGGGUUAUACUAAUGGUUCCUUACCAAAGGUCAGCUAUGUCAAAGGAAUGGAUAUGUAUCUGAUGAUAUCUUUCUUAUUCAUCUUCUUAAGCAUUGCUGAGUGUAUCAUAGUSGAUAAGUAUUACAAGAGGGAGAAAUUAUUAGAAGCAAAAAAAGAAAAAAGAAAAACAAGAGAWUGAAAAUCCAACGAAAAAACGACUGGAAGCAUUCUUCACUCAGUCUUCGCCUGCAAUAACAAGAACCAGACUGAUGCAUACGAACCCUUCAAACGARGAA